AUGGAACACGAACGUUCAUUUCAAAAACAACCAACAAUCUUUUUAAAUAAAAAACAAAGCACAGCUAAAGCUAGUAAAACAGGUCGUGCCGAACGUUAUACACGUAAUGUCGGUUUAGGUGUGAAGACACCACGAGAAGCUAUUGAAGGUACAUACAUCGACAAAAAAUGCCCAUUUACAGGCAAUGUUAGCAUCCGUGGCCGUAUUCUUACUGGUACUGUUUUAAAACUUAAAAUGACACGAACAAUUGUUAUCCGUCGAGAUUAUUUACAUUAUGUACGCAAAUAUAAUCGUUUUGAGAAACGACACAAGAAUAUGUCAGUACAUUUAAGUCCAUGUUUUCGUGAUGUUCAAAUUGGUGAUGUUGUUACCAUUGGUGAAUGUCGUCCGUUGUGCAAAACAGUUCGCUUUAAUGUACUCAAGGUUGCCAAAGCAUCUGGUUCGAAAAAGCAAUUUCAAAAGUUCUAG